AUGACUCAACGUUUUACGCCAAACGAACUCCUGAUACACACGGGUCUAGGCCUUUCCCUCUCGCCGCCGCCUGCUGCGGGCGUUGGAGGCAUCAAGAUCGUGGUAAUGGAUAGGUACGUCCUCGGCAGAUUGCUAGGCAAGGGAAACUUUGCCAAGGUAUAUCACGCGCGCUCCAUCGUUAGCGGGGAAGAAGUGGCCAUCAAGAUCAUGGACAAAGAUCACCUGUCCAAGUUGGACGUCACGCAUCAUAUGAUCAUCCGUGAGAUCGAUAUCAUGCGCCGGGUGCGCCACCCGCAUGUCGUGCACAUUCUGGAGGUCAUGGCCACCAAGACGAGGAUCUUCGUGGUCAUGGAGUUCGUUGGUGGUGGCCCCCUCAACGACUGCCUCAUCCACCGCCGCAUCGACGAGGCCUCGGCUCGCCGCGUCUUUCAGCAGAUCGUGUGCGCGCUCGACUAUUGCCACUCACUCGGCGUGUACCACCGCGAUAUCAAGCCCGACAACAUCCUGCUAGAUGCCGUGGGCAACAUCAAGGUCGCUGAUUUUGGGCUCUCGGCCCUCACCGACACGGCGCAGCGCGAGGCGCAGCUCCACACCGUCUGCGGCACGCCCAUGUUCAUCGCACCUGAGGUGUUCCAGCGCUGCGGCUAUGAUGGCGCCAAGGCCGACGUCUGGGCUUGCGGCGUCCUCCUCUUCAGGCUCAUGGCAGGCCACUUUCCCUUCAAUCACAAGGACACCAACAUGUACCACAUGAUCCACCGCUGCAACUACCGCUGCCCUAGGUGGUUCAGCGUCGGGCUCGCCCGCCUUGUUCGCCGCAUGAUCUGCUUUGAACCAGCGCGUCGUAUCACCAUACCAGAGAUUAAGGAAAAUAUUUGGUUCAAGGACUUCAAUGAGAUCCAAUGUAGCUGCAGCUAACCUGAUCUGCGAGACUAUGACUCUAAUUCUGACGAUGAUGAGUCAUCUACGCCGCCAUCAGGGGAUCCGCCAUCCCCGACGUCGUGCUCCAUGCGUUCGUCGUUGUCGGCACCAUCACUGACCACGCUCGAGAAUACUGGCAGCGUCACCGUCAAAGCCCAGUCACGCAUGCGCCACCACAAGAGCCUCAACGCGUUCGAUAUCAUCGCAUCCUCACCAAGCCUCGACUUGUCCGGCUUGUUCGAGGAGCACUGCGAGCAGAUGCAGUUCGUGUUCCCCGUGCCUGUGUCCAAGAUCAUCUCCAGACUAGAGGAAAUCGCCGGUCACGUCAGCUUCACGGCACGCACCAAGGAGUACCAGAUGCGCAUCGAGGAGAAGAGGAAUGGGAACCAGAUUGUGCUCCUUAUCUCUUUUAAGAUCUUCGAAUUCACACAAGAGCGCGUCAUGCUGAAGAUGUGCAAGAAGGGUGGCGACACCACUCAAUACCGCCAAUUCAUGAACGAUGUGCUCAAGCCCGGGCUACAUGGCCUCGUCGACGGUCUGUCGGAGGAGAACGCCGAGUGCGUGGACUGCAACUCUGGACGAUCCUAG